AUGGCAGGGUUCUUCAACAAACUGAAAGGCGCAGGUGCAGGAAGCUCCAAAACCGACAACAAUGCCUCCUCCAAAAACAAAAAGGACGAGCCGGCGGUGGAAUUGACUCCCCUUGAGAGGAUACUGCAGAAUGCUGGGCCUCUCCGAGAAGAUGGAAGCGACAAGUACUUUGGCUUGGAAAAUUUUGGCAACACAUGCUAUUGUAACUCGAUCCUUCAAGCGCUAUACUACUCGGAACCUUUCCGAGAGAACGUCGUUAAUUACCCGCCGUUGAAUAACCCAUCAGAAGGCACGACGAACAAAGUCAAAGUCUCGAUACGGCCCCCGGUACAAGUCAACGGAAAUGCGGCGACGCCUGGCAAGCAAUUUGCCAAACCCCGGCAAGGGUUUACUCCUGGACCGAUACCGAUGCCAAUAACGCAACCGAUACGACCCGAAGACAGACCUGACGCCCCCGAAUACAAGAAAAAGCAGGCUAUGAUCAAAGGGCCUGUUUUGGAGUUGGCCCAGGAAAAUCCAGAUGCGUACGGCAUGGAGGAAUGCACCUUUACUGGGCUGAAGGAUAUUUUUACUGCUCUGAUUCAGAGCAGCUCCAGGACUGGCGUCAUCAGUCCACAACGCUUUCUGGAUAUUUUCAAGCGCGAUAACGAAAUGUUCCGCAACUCCAUGCACCAAGACGCACACGAAUUCUACGGCCUUGUAUUGAACGACGUUAUAUCAAAUGUGGAGGCAUACGCUAGGCGGAUGCAGGAGAGCGGGAAGGUAAACGGAACGAUACAGUCUCCAUUGAACCAACUAUCCUCAUCCCCAAGCCUCAUGAGGAGCAUGAUGGCAUCCAAUUUCAGGACGCCCGAGACGAGCUGGGUCCACGACAUAUUCGAAGGCGUCCUAGUUUCUGAAACCAGGUGCUUGACUUGCGAGACGGCGUCACAACGAGACGAAACGUUUCUGGAUCUCUCGAUCGACCUGGAAGAACAUUCUUCAGUAACAUCAUGCCUACGGAAAUUUUCCGCAGAGGAGAUGCUUUGCGAGAGAAACAAGUUCCACUGCGAUCAUUGUGGCGGCCUGCAAGAGGCUGAAAAGAGGAUGAAGAUUAAGAAGCUACCAAAGGUUUUGGCCCUGCAUCUGAAGAGGUUCAAGUAUACCGAGGACUACAGUCGGCUCCAAAAGCUCUUUCAUCGAGUCGUUUAUCCAUAUUACCUUCGCAUGUUCAACACGACCGAUGACGCGGAGGACCCGGACAGGAUCUACGAAUUAUACGCAGUUAUUGUUCAUAUUGGAGGUAAUGCCUACCACGGACACUACGUAUCAAUCAUCAAGACCAAGGACCGAGGCUGGGUUUUGUUCGAUGACGAGAUGGUCGAGCCCGUCGACAAGAAUUUUGUGGCCAACUUCUUUGGCGACAAGCCAGGCAUGGCUUGCGCCUACGUACUAUUUUACCAGGAAGUCACCUUCGAGAAGAUGAGGGAAGAGUUGGAUGCCGAAGGACUGGAAGAGAUGAGGCUAGCCACACAAGCAGCCGACCUCGCAGCCGGCGUAGAACAGGUGAACGGAACCGAAAAGAACCCCUUAAUGAAGGUCAACAGCCAGCCGACAGUACCGGUCGAGGACCUUGACCCAUCGGUAAGCCUCGCUCACGCCCAAACAGCUCCAGGCGGAAUUGCCAGUAUCUUACAAUAUUCGACGCCGACCCAGGCCCCCGGACCCGAGCCUUACUCCCAUCCUCUAGCUGCGGCACCACCUCCGGCCCCUGCCGUCAUGACAAAGGCGGACGAGGCAGCCACGGUCCCACCGAAAUCCAAGGAAGAAAUUGCCAAGGAGAAGAAGGAACAAAAGGCCCAGGAGAAAGCACAGGAGAAGGCUAGAAAAGCCGCUGAGAAAGAGGCAGCAAGGCUUGCAGAAAAGGAGCGUCUCGAAAAGCUCGCCAAGAAGCGCGAAGCACAGCAGAAAGAGCAGGAGCAACUAGCAAAGGUCAUGCGCGAAAGUAAACAACUGGCAGCCGAAGAGGAGAGGAGGCGCAAGAAGGAGGCGGCAGCCGCUGAAGGGGGCACCAAGAGUGGCCCCAGCAGCCCCGGGUUGUUCAACCGCGCCGGCCUGGGUAGCAAGUCUCUCUCACGCAAGAGCUUUGCCUUCCUGGGAAAGACUGGAGGCGGUGGUAGCGACAAGUCCGAAAAGAGCAGUGACAGGGCGGGAAGCAGCAGCACCGAGCAUAGGAGCAAUGGCAGCAUGACCAGCAGCGGCGUGGCUGAGAGCAACGCCAGUAGCCGCGCGACUACUGGCGAUGGCUAUGGCAGCGGCGGCAAUGGCUUUGGGGGGUUCUCUCCAUCAUCACCGUUAUCGCCCACCUCACGAGGGGGGCCAAACGGUAUUCACUCCCACCACCAUCAUCCGAGCUCGCCUAUGAGAUCUAUGACUACGCCAGAGGGUCUCAAGAGAGACGUGCGAGCUUCUAGGUCGGCUUCGACGUCAUCCAUACCCGGCCCACCCCCUACGCCCCCGGAGAGCAGGUUCGAGAAGCCGCCGCUGCGAGACCGGUUCAGCUUCAGCAUAGGGAGAAAGAAGAGUUCGCGGUUCCUGUCAUAG